AAGAUUGUGUUGACCUUCCAACCUACCCGAGUUGCCCCCUAGUGUCAACUGUUGAUAUCCGACGCCCUCCCCCUCCGUCUUUUGAUUGAAAAACAAACAUACCCUCUUCAAAAUUUAGAUUGUCUUAUCAACUUGGAAAUUUAACAGGACCUUCUUAGGGUCUGAUUACUCAGUUUCCAAAUAAUAAACAAUUGUUUCUCUUCCUCCUUCCCCCAACAACUUUCCUAAUGAACACCCUUUCCCGUAUACUUAUACCAAGUAUAUGAAAUUAUGAACUUUUGAGUGCAUUCUAAGUGAUCUUCCCUGCACUUUAUAAAAGUGGCAUUCAAAUUCCUAGUUGCUGAUGCUGUGAUUCGUGUUCGCUAAUCGAAUGGCGCGAUUUUCGGGAGAGGGCUUCAUAUAUUCUUCCACUCAGUGUGGUGUGAUGUGAUCAAUCUGGUUCAUCAAUGGCAAAGAAGAGCUGGCUCAGUAUAGUAAAGAGGUUCUUUGUUUCAGACACACAAUCCAAGCAAAAAAAUGAGAAGAGAAGAAGAUGGAUUUUUGGAAAGCUUAAGAUCAAAGGACGACCCUCACUAACAGCACCUUCACCAACAUCGCCGUCGAAAGAGAGGACACGAAACGAGGCAGAUGAAGAACAGAGCAAGCAUGCAAUGUCUGUGGCUAUUGCCAGCACUGCUGCUGCAGAAGCAGCUGUUGCAGCAGCUCAUGCUGCUGUUGAGGUUGUACGGCUCACCGGCACCCAACCAUCUUCUUCUGACCAAUGUUUGAAGGAGGAGGCAAAAGUGUUGUCAGUCACUACAGCUCAAAGAAAGGCAACUGAAAGGGUACAAGAGUUUGCUGUUGUCAAAAUACAAACUGCCUUCAGAGGUUACCUUGCAAGGAAAGCUUUGAGAGCACUGAAGGGUAUAGUGAAGCUACAAGCCAUUAUCCGAGGACGGGCUGUGAGACGCCAAGCAAUGACUACGCUCAAGUGCUUGCAGUCCAUAAUAAACAUCCAAUCGCAUGCCUGCGCAAGGCGACUCCAAACCAUUGAAGACGCUUACUAUGGUGAUGAACACAAUGAGUUUGAAAACUUGAGAGACAAGAUAAUAAGGAUGGAUUCAAACAGCGAAAGAAGGUGGGAUGACAGCGUUACUUCACAGAAAGAGGCAGAGGCCAUGUUUCUAAGCAAGAAAGAAGCUAUGCUCAAGAGAGAACGGAUAAGGGAAUACUCGUAUAGUCAUCGGAAGUCAGCAGAAUCAGAGAGAAACAAGGUGAACGGAAGAUGGAGAUACUGGUUGGACCAAUGGGUAGAUACACAACUUACUAAAAGUAAAGAGCUUGAGGACUUGGACACAGUUUUUGCUUCAAACGCAAGGCAAAAAGAGGAAUUUGGAGAAAAACAACUUAGGAUGAGAAACUUUCAGAAACAAAAAAUUCAGAUCGAAGGAAUGGAUUCUCCGGUUUUUGUUCCAAGAAGAUCUUCUUACCACAAAAAGCAGUGCUCGUUAGGGGAUGAGAAUUUGUUCGCAAGCUCUCCUGUUGUUCCAACUUACAUGGCUGCAACAAAAUCUGCCAAGGCAAAAACAAGGUCUCUAAGUUCCCCCAAGGUAAGGGCAGGGAAUUUUGAUACUUGUUCAGAAAGCUACUCGCCAUGCAAGAAGAACAUCUCUCUUAUAUCUUCUGUAGUCAGUGAAAUGCCGAUAAGCAGUAGUACCGCACGAAGAAUGGGAAAGUCCAGUAGUCUCCAGCAACGAUCUCCGAGCUUGAGGGGCCUUGCAAGUCCUAUAAAAUCAAGGCAGACUCCGAAGGAUCGAAGCUUCGACUCAGAGUGCUCAAUCUCAUAUUGGGAUAGACAAAGCACAUGCAGAUGAUGAUUUCAGUUUGCAUUAGAGAAAGAUAAUUUGGUUAGUGUGUUGUUUGGGUUGGAUUGCAGAAGUGAUAUUUAUAAAUUACAAGUGAAGCCCUCUAUGAGCACUGCUUCGAGUCGUGUAACAUGAAGAGAAAUUAGCUCAAAUGAUCAAUUCACAAAUCUCAGUUGAUGAAAUAAUCAUUCGUAGUAUUUGAUCAA